AUGGACCUAGCGAAGAAUGCAAGGCGAUGGAAGCUGCCUGCAGCACUGGACAGGUACAAGAGCAUGUACCAGAAAGACUUUUGCUGGCACAACACCUACGAGCCACCCAACCAGGAGGACGUACAGAUAACUUCAUACCAUCCUAGUUCAGACGGCUACGUACCAAGGUGCUACCUACCCAAGUCCCAGCCUCCCAUCCAGCCGACACCGGGCCGGUCAGGGAAACUGGAGAUCCUCGCUGAGCCACAGGAAGGGCUGCUUUGUUGCCAGGAUCUCCCACCUCCUGCUCAGACAGCCGAAACAGAAGGGACGAUGCUGCACAGGGAGAAAGUGUCCCCAGGCUUGGUCAGCUACGUGCAAUUCACCCAGGGUUUGUACCGGGAAAGGCUGGACAACGCUGAGCAAUACAAAAACAAGAUCCUGGGCUCAUCUGUUUUGAUGGAAGACUGCUCUAUACCUGACUGGAGAAGUACCUACCAGCUGGAUUUCCCACGCCGGACAGGAGUCCAUGGUGGAUUGUACACAGAGCAGACGAGGCCUUCUCCCAUUUUCCCUGCAGAUGGACGCUUCAACCAGGGCCGCUGGGUGUCUGAGUACGCGGACAGCUACAGUGUUUUCUUGAAGAAGCUGGACUGGUCCACUCCAAUCCCUUGUCCAUGGCUGCUGUCCGGGAAGGAUAUGCGCUGGAGACCGCGAUGCUCUGAGUGGUGCUAA